AUGGCCAAGAAGGCACGUCAAAGAAUCAGCUAUGUUCUCGAGCGCGCCGAUAAGCAGGCCGGAGGCCACAAGCUCGGUGUCAAUGGUCUCGCCGUCGACCGAGACCAGUCAAUCCUCUACUCUGGAGGUCGCGACGGUACAAUAUGUGCCUGGGACUUGAAUCUCGACCUCACCGGCAGAGCGACGUCCUCUGCAAUCGACUCAACUUCGACCGACGCCUCCAAGUCCAAGAACACCACAAAGUUCCGCGCCCAGACUCUCGCUCAUACCAACUGGAUCUGCGACAUCGCGUUGGCACAGAGCAAUAGCGCUGUCAUAACCGCAUCCCAGGACCAGAUUGUCAAGCUCUGGCGACCGCACGCGAACCAGAACGACGAGCCCCAUAAGAUUGGAGAACAUGCCGACUAUGUCAAGUGUGUCGCAUCGCCGGGGCAGCAAUCCUCUUGGGUGGCCACUGGAGGCUUUGACCGCAAGGUGUAUUUGUGGGACCUGAAUGGCGGCGGGAAGACGCUGGAAAUCGAUACCAUAGGCGAAGAGGUUCCGGAGAAGGGCUCUGUGUACUCACUAAGCACCACGGAGAACAUGUUGGCUUACGGCGGCCCCGAGUCCAUCCUGCAUCUUUGGGACCCAAGGGCCGGGAAACGCAUCACCAAGUUCCGUGGGCACACAUCCAACAUUCGGUCUAUCUUGCUGAGUGCGGCAGGCGAUAUGGUCAUGACGGGCAGUGCAGACCAAACGGUCAAGGUCUGGAGUGUCACCGCUGGUCGCUGCAUGCACACCCUUACCAUGCAUAACGACAGCGUUUGGUCGCUCUACUCCGAAGACCCCGAGCUAUCGGUAUUUUACAGCACCGACCGUUCUGGCUUGAUCGCAAAGACCGACGUGCGGGGGACGAGGGGGGAAAUGGACGAAGGCCUCUCACUUGCCGUCGCUCAAGAACACGACACCGUAUUCAGGGUCGUGGCUGCCGGCGAUUACAUGUGGACUGCGACCCAGAGAUCAUCCAUCAACCGCUGGCAUAAUAUCGAUACGGGCGCCGAUGUCCCCCUGCCGGAAUCUUUCAGGCAACAACGAGCCUCCAUUGCUGCCAACCUCCCGCACUCGAAAUCGUCGCCUGUCACUAAUGGAAAGCCGAAGGAAGUCCCAGCAAGAUCAAUUCUCAGGAUAUCCAACACGGCGAGAUUCCCGGCACCCGAGGUCGCUCCCAAUGCAGACGCCGAUACACAGACUAUUGAGUCUGUUGUCCAUGUAUUGGAACCGAUACAGCAUGUACCAGAAGAAACAAUUGAGGGCCAGUUUGGUCUAGUUAAGCACCGCCUACUGGCUGACAAGCGUAGAGUGCUUACCCUAGACACAGCAGGCGACGUGCUUUUGUGGGACCUAAUACAAUGCAAACCCGUUCAGAGCUUUGGCAAGAAGCACCUCGAGGACGUUGAGCCACUGGUGAACACUCUCGAAAACGUCUCACCAUGGUGCUCAGUCGAUACAAGCUCUGGCAACCUCACAGUUGUCUUGGAACCUUUCAAUUGUUUUGACGCAGAACUGUACGCUGAUGAGCUAGUCCUGGAUGAGCCUGUUGAAUUCAGGGAAGAUCAAAGAAUCAACCAUGGAAAGUGGAUCUUGAGAUACCUCUUCUCAAAUUUGAUCGAUGAAGAAAUCAGGCGCGACGAGGCUCACCGUCAAAAAUUGAACGAAACAGUCGAGCAGAAUAUAGCAGUGGCAAAGACGAGACCGCCCGUCAGCAUCACGAUUCCCACUUCCUCGAACUGGGAACAGGCGGCUGAAUCCCCAAUGACCCCCAGAGCUAAUGGCUCGCAGUAUGUACCCAUGACGCCGGGAAUGGGCAUCGGGCUUGCGACUCCUGGCCUUCCUGGAGUUAAGGAGGAAGGGGCAAACUCGGCGCUUCCUCUGGACAAGAGAACGUCUCAAGCCAGCCAACCGUCUCAGGAAAGGGAGGAUUACUUCACGAACGCAAUAGUAUCAGCGGAUGGCAACAACACUGCAAAACCUGCGGCAACCCCAUCCGAACAGCCAGCUGAGAAUGGCAAAGACAAGGAUAAGGAAAAAGACAAAGAUAAAGAUAAGGAAAAAGGCGAGGCCAAACAGCCGAGCACGCCCUUUGGAAAGAAGUUCCGUAUGGGGAUGUCCUUCGGCACCAAGAAGCUUGGCCGCUCAGCCUCAUCAACAGCAACAGAGAAGCCAGCGAUAUCGGAAGAGAAAACGGCAGAAUCGGAGUCAUCAUCAAAUCAUGAGCCCGAGAAGGAGUACGACGACAACUUCCAAGGCGUGGUCCAGAAACUCCAAGACGAGUAUGCAAAACAGUUAAUUGAUACCCCGGACAAGUCCAUCGAGACGAAAAUCACACCUAGCCUUACCAAUGAAACACCGGUGCUCAAGCUACCGCCAGGAACCAAGGUUAUCAUCCAGGAGGAAACUUCGGGAGGGAGUGCCGAGCUGUACCGCGGGACGAUUGAGACGGUUGGCGUCGACGCAGAUAUCAUCGAGAAGUGCGCCCCACAGUGGCUGGGUGAGGUUCUGCUGCUCAACACCGUCCCUCAGAAGGAACCCGUCAAGGUGUCGUUCGUGCUACACCCGUGGCCAGACUCGGGACUGCCGAGCCUCGCAUCUGCGGACGGGAACAACCGCUUGAAUGCCAACAAGAUGCUUCGUGUUAGGAAGAUCCUGGCAUACGUGGCGGAGAGGAUCGAUCCUACUUUUGAGCAGCCUGAGAACGACGCUGAGCCGAACCCCGACGCGAUGAAGGCGGAGGAGUAUCUUGAGCUCUACUGUAAUGAGCAGCUCCUGCCAAUCAACAUGACCCUCGCGACUCUGCGCGCCUACAUAUGGAAGGGCGGUAAUGACGUCGUUCUAUACUACAAGGCCAACGGGAAGAAGGAGAUUCCGCUGCCGCCGCCUGAACAGCCAGCGGCUGCGGAGACAGAAGCCCCGGCUGUUGAUCCUCCAGCUGCCGGCGAAGGCCUGGCUGGACAAGCUGCUGCCGCAGCAGUCUAA